AUGAGGAUUGAAGGUAUAGAUGAUGAAGAUGAUGAUGAUGAUGAUGAUGAUGAUGAUGAUAUGAUGAUAAUUUUGCGUGGCUUAGUGGCUGAAAGGUUUACACUAUGUACCUCAGUAGAAACUAAAGUAGCUGUUGAAGAAGCUUACUGGGUUGACUUGGGCUCUCAAGAUACUGCUGUCAAAGUUAACAAAACUUGUAAUUUCAGCAUGGAUGGGAUACGUUUUGCUCCUGGCUAUAGUGUAGAACAAGCUAUGGAAGACUUAUUUUGUAGCAGUAGUGAUUCAGAAGGUAGUGACGCCGAAGAUGAUGGAACAGAGACACAGGUAGACCAAAGUGAUGAAGUCUGUUUACAUGAAUUAGAAGAAAAUGAUAUUCUUGCUGAAAAUGAUGACAGUGGAGAAGAUGAAAGUGCAGUACUGGUAAGCAGGGGUCGGGAUAUUGUAUGGAGUACAAAAGAACCACCAAUUCGUAGAUUUCCAAUCCGCAACAUACAACGAUUUUCAGCAGGUAUUCCUAGUACAGUUAGUGUUAGCUCAGCUGUUGACUGUUUCAGGCAUUUUAUUACUAAUGAAUUGCUGGAUAUAAUAGUUCAGUUCACAAAUCAACGAGGAAAUGAAUUGAAAGUGUCUGGAAAAUUAGUUGACUGGCGUGAUACAGACAGAUGCGAGCUGCUUUCAUUUUUAGGCUUGCUGAUUCUGUAUGGCAUACAGAAGAGCCGGGGGAAACCUAUUGACGAAUUUUGGGACUCUGAAUAUGGCACUCCUCUAUUCCGUGCUACUAUGUCGAGGAGGCAAUAUCAGGACAUUCUGCGUUCACUUCGUUUUGACGACUGCAUCACAAGACUUGAAAGGAAAGAGAGGACUGGAAAUAAGGCUGAAGCUGUACAGGAAAUAUUUGAUUUGUUUGCCGUGCAAUGUCAAACAUCAUUUAUACCUUCCAGCAACAUUACUGUUGAUGAACAUCUUUGCGUAUACAGAGGUCGGUGCAGUUUCAAGGUCUACAUUCCUUCAAAGCCAGGAAAGUAUGGCAUCAAGAUAUGGUGCGCAGUAGACUGUGAACAUGGUUAUCUGACAAAUCUUCAAAUGUACACUGGAAGGAGUGGUGAUGUGAGAGAAUUGAAUCAAGGCAAGAGAGUGGUCUUAGAUUUAGUGCGUCAUGUGGCUGGCAGUGGUAUGAAUAUUACCACUGACAAUUUUUUCACGAGCUAUGACCUUGGCCAAGAAUUGUUGAAAAUGAAGUUGACACUUGUAGUUUCGUAUGUUCCAAAAAGAAAUAAGGCUGUGCUACUCCUGUCAACACAACAUCAAUCAUUUGAAGUGCCCAAAGAAAACAACUUGAAACGAAAACCAGAAGUAGUGUUGUAUUACAACUCAACAAAAUCAGGUGUUGAUACACUAGAUCAAAUGAGCUCUUACUAUUCUGUGAAAAAGGGUACAAAACGUUGGCCAUUAGCAGUAUUUUUAGAUCUUGUCGAUCUAGCUGCACUCAAUGCCUACAGACUCUUCUGUGUUGCUGUUGAAAAAACAGAGAGACGUCUUUUUCUAAUGAAGUUGGCCAAAGAAAUGGCAAAGCCCCAAGUGGAACGUCGUUUGAGUUUACCACAAGCAAGGAACAAGGAUAUUAUUAGCAGUAUCAAACGGUGUGGAUUUGAUGAUCUGUUAGACAAUGGACAUCCAGACGUCAUACCCGACAAUCAGAAGAGAAAGCGAGGCAGAUGCUCCAGUUGCCCCCGAUCGAAGGACACAAAAUACAGUUCAACAUGCAAAAAGUGUAACAAAUUUGUUUGCAAGGAACAUUCUGAAAUAGUUACUACUUGCAAAAUAUGUGCAGAUGACUAUGGUACGGAUUCCGGUUAG